GGGAAAAGGGGCGCUGUCUCUUUAAGACUCGGUUAAAUCCGCUUACAGCUCUUCAUCUGCGCCCGUGAUUUCUCUUCACCGUCUGUCCGAGUGUUCACACGCGCUCAGAGCCGGACUCGAACUUCGGUGUGUAGCGGGUUUCUGCGGUUCCGAGUUCGAAAAGUUUCGCUCGAGCGCCAGAAUGGACUGGACGGUAAACUCUUUUGGAUGAGGGGCUCGUGAAGUUCUGAGGAUGAGUUGAGUUGAGCGCGCGCGCCACGGCUCCUCCUGGCUUCUGCUGAACUCGCCAGAACAACUAAACCGCCCGCGCGCCCCUCCGUGCGCCCCCGUGCCGUGCCUCGCUCAUUUACCGUCGCCCGCUGGUGUCUCUCUCGCUCAUUCAUUUUAUUUACGCGCGUGAGGGCGAGGGCUCGCGCUCGCGCUCGCUCGCACACACCGAGUGAGGAGGAGGAGGGUGAUGGUGAGCGGCUGAAGGCUGCGCGCGCGCCCCCCGGGAGUGAACGGAGAGAGGGGAGAAGAUGCAGAAGAGCGUGCGCUACAAUGAGGGCCACGCUCUGUACCUGUCCGCGGUGGCGCGCAAGGAGGGAACCAAGCGCGGCUUCCUCAGCAAGAAGACCACGGAGAACAGCCGCUGGCACGACAAGUACUUUGCUCUCUACCAGAACGUGCUCUUCUACUUCGACACGGAGCAGAGCGCGCGCCCCUCUGGCAUCUACCUGCUCGAGGGCUGCACAUGCGAGCGCGUCCCCGCGCCCAAGGUGUCCACCGGCGGCAAGGAGACCCUGGAUAAGCUGCACUAUUUCCUCAUUGUGUUUGGCCACGAUGCCCAGAAGCCUCUGGAGCUGCGCACUGAGGAGGAAGCGGAGUGUGACGAAUGGGUGGAGGUCAUCCAGCAGGCCAGUUACUCUGACAUCAUUAUUGAGCGUGAAGUGCUCAUGCAGAAGUACAUCCACCUGGUGCAGAUCGUGGAGACAGAGAAGGUGGCGGCCAAUCAGCUGCGCACACAGCUGGAGGACCAGGACACGGAAAUUGAGCGACUGAAAGCAGAGAUCAUAGCCUUGAACAAAACCAAGGAGAGGAUGCGACCUUACCAAGUGUACCAAGAGGAGGAGGAUCCAGAUAUAAAGAAAAUUAAAAAGGUCCAGAGUUUUAUGCGAGGCUGGCUGUGUCGGAGGAAGUGGAAGAUCAUCGUUCAGGACUACAUCUGCUCACCCCACGCUGAGAGCAUGAGGAAGAGGAACCAGAUCGUCUUCAACAUGGUGGAGGCUGAGACCGAGUACGUCCACCAGCUCUCCAUCCUGGUCAACUGCUUCCUCAGGCCACUGCGCAUGGCUGCCAGCUCCAAGAAACCUCCUAUAAGCCAUGAUGAUGUCAGCAGCAUCUUCCUGAACAGUGAAACCAUCAUGUUUCUACAUGAGAUAUUCCACCAGGGCCUGAAGGCGAGGAUAGCGAACUGGCCCACGUUGGUUUUAGCUGAUCUCUUCGACAUCUUGCUGCCCAUGCUGAACAUCUAUCAGGAGUUUGUACGGAACCACCAGUACAGCCUGCAGGUUCUAGCCAACUGUAAGCAGAACAGAGACUUUGACAAGCUGCUGAAACAGUAUGAGUCCAAUGCUGCUUGUGAAGGAAGGAUGCUGGAGACUUUCCUCACGUACCCCAUGUUCCAGAUCCCUCGCUAUAUUAUAACCCUCCAUGAACUCUUGGCCCAUACACCUCAUGAGCAUGUGGAGCGUAAGAGUCUGGAGUUUGCCAAGUCUAAGCUUGAAGAGCUCUCCAGGGUGAUGCACGAUGAGGUGAGUGACACGGAGAACAUUCGUAAAAACCUGGCCAUUGAGCGCAUGAUCGUAGAGGGCUGUGAUAUCCUCCUGGACACCAGUCAGACAUUUGUGAGGCAAGGCUCUUUGAUCCAGUUGCCCUCAGUGGAGAGGGGAAAGCUCAGUAAGGUGCGCUUGGGUUCUCUCUCUCUAAAGAAGGAAGGAGAGAGACAGUGCUUCCUCUUCACCAAACACUUCCUCAUCUGCACACGCAGCUCAGGAGGCAAACUGCACCUGCUCAAACAAGGUGGCGUGCUGUCCCUGAUUGAGUGCACCCUCAUCGAGGAGCCCGACGCCAGUGAUGAAGACUCUAAAACCUCAGGGCAGGUGUUCGGCCACCUGGACUUCAAGAUCGUGGUGGAGCCUGCAGAUACUCCUGCCUUUACCGUGGUUCUUCUGGCUCCAUCGCGUCAGGAGAAAGCAGCCUGGACGAGCGAUAUCAGCCAGUGCAUAGACAACAUCCGCUGCAACGGCCUGAUGACCAGUGUGUUUGAGGAGAACUCCAAAGUGACCGUGCCGCACAUGAUAAAAUCCGAUGCGCGUCUCCAUAAAGAUGAUGUUGACAUUUGCUUCAGCAAGACGCUCAACUCCUGCAAGGUUCCCCAGAUCCGCUACGCCAGCGUGGAGCGGCUGCUGGAGAGGCUGACCGACCUGCGCUUCCUCUCCAUCGACUUCCUCAACACCUUCCUGCACACCUACCGCAUCUUCACCACUGCCACCGUGGUCAUGGACAAGCUGGCUGACAUCUACAAGAAGCCUUUUACCUCCAUCCCUGUCAGGGUUCAAUACCACUCAUUUGACCGCUUGUCCAUCACAUCCAUCUGUCCAGACUACAGCUUGAAGAUCAGGAAGAUUGCCAUGGACCAAUCAAAAUCUCUGGAGCUUUUCUUUGCCACCAAUCAGAACAACCGCACCAACAGCAGUGGUGACCACCCCAACGACAAAUCCCCCCGGCUGUGUCGCAAGUUCUCCUCUCCUCCGCCUCUCUCCAUCCCGUCCCGCACCUCCUCCCCCGUCCGCACCAGAAAGCUCUCCCUCAACUCCCCCCUCAACUCCAGAGUGGGCGCACUGGACCUGUCCUCUAAUCCCACCUCCUUCUCAGCUGCCAGCAGCCCAACCUCCUCCAACCCCACCACUUCCCCUCCACCCUCCAAUAACCCCCGCUCCCCCCCAGGCCAGAGCCAAGGACAGAGCCCCUCCUCACCUGAGCAGAGUCCUGGAGCUCCGGAAGACAACCCAGAUGCCCCCCGCAUAGACGCCCUCUGUAAACAUCGGCGUAGCUUCAGGAGAGCUGUGCUGGAGUCUGUCUCACUGGACAAGUUUAUCCCGGAGUCUCCACAAGGCAGCGAAGCUGGAGAUCUCUCACCCUGUCGUUCUCCCUCAACCCCACGGCACCUGCGCUACAGAGGGCCUGGAGUCCCGGCUGCAGAGAACUCGCGCUGUUCGGUCUCUCCCGCCUCGGCGUUCGCCAUCGCCACUGCAGCAGCCGGCCACAGCAGCCCUCCAGUUUUCAACAACUCAGAGAGGACGUGCGACAAAGAGUUCAUCAUACGCCGGGCUGCUACUAACCGGGUUCUGAAUGUCCUACGCCACUGGGUCUCCAAACACUCCCAGGACUUUGAGCUGAACACUGAAUUGAAGAUGGGUGUAAUGGGUCUUCUGGAGGAGGUGCUGAGAGAUCCAGACCUCCUCCCUCAGGAGAGAAAAGCCACCGCAAACAUACUGAAUGCCCUUUCUCAAGACGAUCAGGAAGAUGCUCAGCUGAAGAUAGAGGACAUCCUGCAGAUGGCUGAAUGCCCGAAGGCAGAAUGCUUUGAAUCACUGUCAGCGAUGGAGAUAGCUGAGCAGAUCACUCUGCUGGACCACAUCAUUUUCCGGAGUAUUCCUUAUGAGGAGUUUCUGGGCCAGGGCUGGAUGAAGAUGGACAAAACUGAGAGAACUCCUUAUAUCAUGAAGACUAGCCAACAUUUUAAUGAUAUGAGUAACCUGGUAGCCUCUCAGAUUAUGAGCCACACAGAUGUAGGCUCCAGGGCCAGCUCCAUAGAGAAGUGGGUGGCCGUGGCUGACAUUUGUCGCUGCUUGAACAAUUACAAUGGUGUGCUGGAGAUUACCUCUGCUCUGAACCGCAGCGCCAUCUACAGGCUAAAGAAGACAUGGGCUAAAAUCAGCAAACAGACUAAAGCACUCAUGGACAAGCUACAGAAGACAGUGUCAUCAGAGGGACGGUUUAAAAAUCUAAGAGAAACCCUGAAAAACUGCAAUCCACCUAGUGUCCCUUAUCUGGGAAUGUAUCUGACAGAUUUGGCGUUUAUUGAAGAAGGAACCCCAAACUUUACAGAAGAGGGUCUGGUCAACUUCUCGAAGAUGAGGAUGAUAUCUCACAUCAUUCGCGAGAUCCGGCAGUUCCAGCAAACUCCCUACAGAAUAGAGCAUCAACCCAAGGUCACUCAGUAUCUCCUGGAUAAGGCCUUGAUCAUGGAUGAAGACACGCUGUAUGACUUGUCUCUGAAGAUCGAGCCCAGGCUCCCUGCUUGAACCACAGCCUCAGCAGCAGGCAGCCCCCCUUCCAGAUGUGCUUCUCUUUCACAGGGUUGUGGUUUCUGUCUCUCAUUUGAUACUGAAGACAGGACAUGGAAACGGAGAGUUACCGCUGUGGAGGUCGAGGUGUGAGUGGGUGAGGAGAGGAGAGCGAAAAGUCAUCAUUAUUUCAGCGCUUCGAGUCAAAAAGCUCCUCAGUUGAAGUUCCAAAUGAAGUGAAGCUGAAUGAGACAUGAGCUAAAUGAGCCACUGCCACUGACUUGCAGGUCAAGGGUCAAGUGAGUGUUAAUGGUAAAGGCAGUGAAAGGGGGAAUAUAUAUAUAUAUAUAUAUAUAUAUAUAUAUAUAUAUAUAUAUAUAUAUAUAUAUAUUAUAUUACAUUGCUGAGAGAGUGGAGAAAGGUGGCAAUGAAGGGAAGUAAUGUAGCAUGUACAGUAGUAGAACUCUAUGCCAGAACUUACACGGUGAGUGGUGGUACAGAUUUGCUGUAGGGGCUCGAGAUCUGUUCUCUAAUAGGUUGUGGUGGUGAUUUUGUGCAUGAACUAGACUGUGGGUUCACUCCAUGUUUUUUGGACUUCCUUUAGUUCGUCAUUCGUCAGUCCCAGUUCAUUCCUUUCUGUUUUGCCACAGGACAGUUGCAGUGAACCAAAACAAACAGAUUGUAACUUUAAUUUUAAUGGGUGCGUUUGAAACGAAUCCGAAUGUACAGUAGCUUUUUACAGACUUAAGUAUCAGAGUUACAGAGGAUAUUUAAUGCAGAUUGUGCUUCUUUAAAUGAUGUAUAAAUCUUUUAAGGCGUUUUCACACUUGUCCCAAGUAAUUAAUUCCACACCCAGGACUGAUUCUGAUUUUUUUUAGCCCUGGUUUGUUUUAACGCACAAGAACUCCAUUCAAACUGUGGAUUGACUACCAGGCUGUUUGCUGUUCUUUAUUGUUUUGCUUGGAUUAAAACACUUAAGGGCAGCGGAACAAAGCUUUUGGGACUCGUGGCAUUUCACCAUGCAAAAGCUUGUCCAAAAAUAUUUUUAUCCAUGCAGUCCAGUGCGAGAUACUGUCAGUUCUCAUACUCACUCCCGAAAGUUAAGCUUAUUACAGUUACUAGCUCCAGUUCUAUAGUCUAGUGUAGACUUAUUUGGAUAUACUGAUAAAAAAGAAGAGGUAACAGGAUAAGUUGAACAGCCAUGUAACAAAAAGAACCAAUCACACAACCCCACACAUGGCAUCCAAAUCUACAGCAAACUUCACCAGAGUCUGCCUGAAGUAAACCCCAGACUAUCAUUUUCAGAAGGAUCAGAAAUUGGUACUCUGGACUAGGGGUGGGCGAUAUGGCUCUAAAAUAAUAUCACGAUAUUUCAGGGUAUUUUUCGAUAACGAUAUACUUGACGAUAUAGGGAAACUAAAAUAAUUCAUUAAUUUCAGGAAUAUAGUAUAAUAGUAUAACAGAAUAAUCAUAAUCUGGCAAAAUAAAAAAAUAUAGCAUAAAAUAAUAUAAUGCAGCAAAUAAUAUUGCAGAAUAUUUAGUGCAUGCAUAUAAACUGCAAACUAAAACAAUUAUACAAUAAAUACACCUAAAGCUUCACAGUAAAUAAUAGACUACUUUUAAGACAGAACAGCCCUAUUAUCACAAUAUGGAUUUUUAAUAUCAUGAUAUUUCUGUUUCACGAUAUAUUGUAUACGAUAUAAUAUUGCCCACCCCUACUCUGGACCACUCCCAGGCUCAAAAGCAGCUUUCAAUCUCGACCAAAAGAACAGAAUUCACAGAGAAAGCACUCCCGAAUCUGAAAAAAAGGCUUGUGUGAAAACGCCCUUAGACUAUGUUCAGACAUGUGCAGGCAAAUCUGAUCCGUUGAGAUGACUGUCUGCAAUGUUAUUUGCAAAUGAUCUGCUCAGAUUCGCGAGGACCGCCUCAAGAACUAAACUUUGGCACUUCCAC